ACUAGCAGGGAUGGGACCUGUACACCCACAGCAAAGAUCUGUACCACUCGAAUUGAUGCAUUAACCCACCAGGAGAAGCCCUAUGUUGGGGUAGCGUCUAGUAGGAUCACCGCUGCAGUGUAUCAAACACCUCAGUGACCAGCAGGGGACACAUCAUGCCUCUGCCAACUUGUUCCAAGCUAGUUGCUGACUCCAGCAGCUGUUUUAUGGCAACAUUUAACUCAAAGGUCAGCGAUGCAAUCCCCAUAACUCAAGGCACAGAGGACCCCAGGCUCAAGCUUACAAGGAACAGGUCCUCCUCUGUCUUUAUUGUAGCCAUUCACUGAGAACAGAUGCAGCCAGGCAGGGAGAGACAUGUUUGCACUGAGUCACCUAGCAGAGCAGGAUAUGCCACCCAAGAAAUACUCCACCCUCCUGCUGUCCCUGAUCAACAGUACAGAAGACAUAAGUGGAAACAGCCAGCUGCACCUGCUGUAGUACUGCACCCGAGGAGCUGGCCCCAGCUGAGUGCUAUCUGCCAGAGUUUGCAGCAUGUCAGUGCAUAAGAGCCGGGCGGUCGUGAUUGUGAACGAUGAUUUCUCCAGCAGUGGCUCUGAGGAGCCCCUCGCUCGCAGAAGGGGGGCCCGGAGGGAGGCAGAGAAGCUGUCCCAAGUAUUAUCCAGCCUCAACUACACCGUGCACCUGUACAAAAACCAGACCGCCAAGAAGAUAGAAGAGAUUUACCAACAAGAGAGCCAAGAAGAGCACGGCGAUUACUUUGUGAGCAUCCUGUCCAGCCAUGGAGAGGAAGGGGUCAUCUAUGGCUCGGAAGGCAAACCGGUCAAACUGACCCAGAUUUUCCAGAUCUUAUCCCUGCAGAGAUCCUCAGCACUGGCUGGAAAGCCCAAGCUCUUCUUUAUACAGGCCUGCCGUGGGGGAGAGCUGGACCCGGGAGUGUGGCUGGAAACAGACAGCGCCCAGCCCGAGGAAGACAGCUUCUCGCACUACCUGGCACUUCCUGACGACACUGCCGUGAUGUUCGCGUGCAGUCCCGGCUACAGUGCCUUCCUCAACCCAGCCGGGUCCAUGUUCCUGCAGACCCUGCUGGAGUUCCUGGAGGGUGAGGAGAGGCACCUCGAGCUGGCGCGCCUGCUGACCCGCAUUAACUGGAAGGUGGCAUUCUACCACAAGGCCCGGGGGAAGUACGAAGGCAGCAAGGAGAUGCCCUGCUUCGUCACCAACAUGGUGCAUGAGGUGUUCCCCUUCUCCCGACACGCUGCGGAGGCAGCAGGCAGCCUGUGACUGCCCUUCUGCCUCCAACACAAGGUGAACUGCAGGUCAAACAACACCCUGAGAGCAAGGACCCCAGCACCCCUGUGGUGCAAACCGGCCAGCUGUGCCAAAGCCAUUUGAAUAACUCUCACGUGGAAGAGGAAGAGCAGGUCUGGAAAUGUGCUGAUACACGCUCUGAUCUUUCCAGCUGGAGACUCCAGAAAGCCUGCAGGGGAGCACUGCUGGGCUGUUCUCUGGUUGUGGCAGAGCAGAACUGAUUAGAUUUUCUCUGCCUGCCUACAGCAUUAUUUCCCUCUGCUGCUGUACCUAAUCUGCAGACAUCUCUAUGCUGUACAGUGACAAGACACCCACGCUAACUCCAGUACCAGAAACUGCCCAGCUACCUUAGCACACACCUAAACUGUGCAUCCUAAUGUUGGGGGAACAGUCUCCACUAAUGCUGCCUCUGGCCCCUCUUACCAUGGCAGCUGACAUGAAUGUACCUCAUCAGUACCCUCCUCUUAUCUCCACAUUGCAGCUGGAAAACUGAAGCAGGAAAUUUGCCCAAGGUCUUGCAAGGAAUCUGUAGCAGAGGAAGGAAUUGAACAGAGAUCCCUGGAGCUGCAUCCUGAAGCACCGAGCAGGCCUUCCCCUCUCUAAGUUCAGCCUGUUGUCAGUCUGAUCAUAUUCAGCUUGCAAAGACUGUGGAAGGAUCUUGGUUUUGGGCAGGCACAUAGAAAACCCCAUACCCUCCACUGCUAUGUGGCCGAUGGCAAUGGCAUUCCUUCAGAAAUUGCCUCGGGUUGGGGCAGGUCUAUCCUAAGGCAGCAUUUUAGCUGCACUCAGUUAAGGUGCAGCAAUAUUGCUGUUCCAACACAAAAGCUCAGACCUCUAAAAUCCACUUACAUGACUGGAUUGGCUCACAAAUCAGCAGGCUGGUCCAGAGCCCCAGGGAGAUUGUAUGGAGUAUGUUUGGGAUUGUUUGGUGCAGGCAUUCCCAGGAUGCAGCUAAGGUGCCUUGAUCUUAUGUGGUGAAGGACACAGGACAGAUUUCCAGUAUGGCACAGCAGAGACCCUCCCUGAGCAUGCCCUGCCCUUACUCUGAACCCAGAAUUGCAGUGGGACGCCACUCCAGGUUGUCCCACUUGCCUCCAGUCCCUCUGUCUGGGGUGUGCUUAACAGCUGCCAGUUUGAACAUGCACAUAGCAACAAGGCCAAGGGGCUCUGGGCCCUGCUAAGCUCCAGAAACCUUUGCUCCAUGAUAGGCUAUUUGUGUUUAGCAAAAGUUUCUAUGGUCACUAAGUCUGUGCCCACCCUGACUCCACAGGAUUUCUCUCUGCAGCUUCACUGAUGCCAUCAGGAGCUGGCAGAGUGCAUGGUGCGCACAGCUUGGCCAUCUCAGGGCACUGCCAUUGCAGCAGAUGCACUCAGCAGCUAUCAACACUAAAGACAGCAAGGUUCCCUUACCCGGUGCCUUCCACAGCCAAGUGCUCAGAGAAAGGAGACAGUAGCUGGCAUACUUAAAACAAAGGCAGUAUCUUUGGCUUUAAUGUUUUAUUUUAGCUUUAUUUUCGCACACCAUCCCUGCACUCAUCCCCAGGCAGGGACAAUGUCAUCACCUUCCUUCCUAGGCUCCCUGCCCUCUACCAUGACAGGAAGCUUUAAUAAAGUUUGAACUUUGCUAUCUCCAGG